CCUCCUCGCUCUGCGCCAGCCCCCUGGCUGCAGGCUGACGGCUGCACUCCGUCGCAGCGCCGCCGGUCGGGCCAGCCCGCAGGAAGCACACCCACACUCACCCCGCUUGGCUGCACCCCUGGCUCAGGAUGUCAGCGCUCGAGUGGUACGCCCACAAAUCUUUGGGCGACGGCAUCUUCUGGAUUCAGGAACGCUUUUACGAGUCGGGCAACCGGGCCAACAUCUGGCUGGUGCGCGGCUCGGAGCAGGACGUAGUCAUCGACACGGGCCUGGGGCUGCGCAGUCUCCCCGAGUAUCUCUAUUCCUCCGGCCUCCUGCAGGACCGCGGGGCCAAGGAGGACGAGGAACGCCGGCCGCUGCUGGCCGUGGCCACCCACGUGCACUUCGAUCACUCCGGCGGCCUCUACCAGUUCGACCGGGUAGCUGUGCACCAUGCUGAGGCCGAGGCGCUGGCUCGCGGGGACAACUUUGAAACGGUGACCUGGCUGUCCGACAGCGAGGUGGUACGAGCGCCCAGCCCUGGCUGGAGGGCCAGGCAGUUCCGAGUGCAGGCGGUGCAGCCCACCCUCAUCCUGCAGGAUGGGGAUGUGAUCAACCUUGGUGACAGACAGCUCACGGUUAUGCACAUGCCCGGCCAUUCCAGGGGCAGUAUUUGCUUACAUGACAAGGACCGAAAGAUCCUCUUCAGUGGAGAUGUCCUGUAUGACGGAUCGCCGAUUGACUGGCUCCCAUACAGCAGGAUAAGCGACUAUGUUGGAACCUGUGAACGCCUCAUCGAGUUAGUGGACGGAGGUCUGGUGGAGAAGGUACUUCCCGGGCACUUCAAUACCUUUGGUGCAGACAGGCUUUUUCGAUUGGCUUCCAACUAUAUUUCAAAAGCUGGUCUAUGCCACAAAGUCUCCACUUUCGCCAUGCGAUCGCUUGCAAGUUUAGCCCUUCGUGUAGCAAAUUCUAGGUCCUCGCCCUAGUAUCUCUAUUGAUCCUUCAUUUUGAUUGAUGCGGUAUUAAUCUUCUUCAUUCUGUGCUGUUCGAGAUGAUUAAAAGGGAGCAUUUCAAGAAGUGCUUUUAUACUACUACUGUAUGUUAGAGGAAAAAAAUAUAUUGAGAAUGAAUAAGCCAAAAAAGAGAGAGUUCUUUAGUUAAGUUUCUCAUCUUUAUUUCAAAAAAGAAACCACUUAAAUGAGCUUAUGAUUUGUCAAACCUUUCACCUUUUACUAUUUGCCCAAGAAACUACAUAAAAGUAUAUGGCAAAGCAAGGAAGUAUUUUGUAGGAAGAUAACUGCCAUUGCCUCCAAUUUGUUUUAUAUUAUUUCCAAAUGACCUUAAAAAAAUUUUUUUUAAAGGUGUAUAUCGAGAGUUUUAUGUUAGAACUCUGAACUUGGGUAUUUUCAAUUCACACCCCUUCCUCACUUAUUGACUAUAUCAUAUCAUCUGAUAUUUGGCAUUUAUGACAAUGGGAAACAUUACAUCAAAUUAUCUUGUGUAUUAAUGAUGUGCUGCAUCUGGCAGUAAUAACAAGCUGAGGUGUGGGAUGAGUCACACUAACAGUGACGGUUAGUGCAUGUGUCAAAUACUGGGCUGUGAACCUCAGGUUUGGCAAGUAUGUAAUGGUGUCAUCAUCCUCUAUUUUGUGAUCGGUUGUGAUCAACCUCUGUUUUUGCAUAAUGCAAAUUUUCAAGUAACAGUCUGGUCUUUGGAACAUAACCAUGCCUCUAAGUGAGGAGUAGGCAUGUUACUUAAAGAUGAAAGGUUCUUGGGUUUAAAAUAUAAAUUCAAUACAAAAAUAAGUUCACAUUUAGGACAGCUAAAAUAUUCCAUGGUUACAGGCCUGGAUUUUUAUGCUUCAGUUAUUUAUUCUUUAUAUAAUUAUAGCACACAUGACAUGUUGUAUAAUUUUACUUAAGAAGUACAGUUUUUGUUUUAUUGCAAAGCUUUAAAUAUAAACUGCAGAAGCGCUUCAGUGAAAAACUACUAUAUAUUGUUGCUUGUUAUGUUAAUGUAAUAUUUUCAAACAUAAAAGUGAAAUUUAAAUGUCUAUAAUCUACUUACAAAUUGUAAGAUUUCUCAAGAGGACACUGUCAGGCAAACUUGAAAAUAUACACAUUGAGAAUAAUUUUUUUAUUAUAUCCUAUUUUAGUAUUAACAGCUAUUAUGAACAAAAUUUUUCUUAUUAAAUAGCAACUUCAGUAUUGUGUCAUUUUAUAGUAUCAAAACAACUAUAGGGACCUACAGUACUUUGAUACUAACCACUUUUUAACUUAACAUGACGUGCAUCUGUACCACA